UCUGAUUGGUCAGUGGGCGGAGAUUUUCACAGGUUCACAUGCUCCCGAGCAGGUUAGGUGUUCAGCGUAAGUUACCGUGGCGAUAUACCCAGAGAGGGAGAGUCAGAGACCGACAGCGGACUGUUGCAGCUGAUCUGUGCGGUACAUCUGUGGAUCGAGAACUAAGCCUGGAGGUCUGUAAGAAAAAUGAGUCUUCUGCAAACCAGCAAUGCAACUCCAAAUGGAGAGCAAAAUUCCACAGAUGAACCCGAAUGGCUCAAGGCUGCGAUUCCUGUGUACAUUCUGCUCAUUGCCAUCUUUGGGAUUGUGUUAAAUGUGUUUAUCCUGACGGUUUUCUGCUUCCACAAGAAGGCAUGCACUGUGGCUGAGAUCUAUUUAAGCAAUCUGGCUGCUGCUGACCUUUUUUUGGUUGCUUGUUUGCCCUUCUGGGCGGCCUAUGUAAUCAAAGACUACGACUGGCCCUUUAACGGUCCCAUGUGUAAACUGGUUAGCCUUUCCAUCACCAUGAACACCUUCUGCAGCAUCUACUUCCUCGUUCUGAUUAGCAUAGAUCGCUCCGUCGCUCUGGUGCACCCACUGUCCUGUACAGGAAUGCGUAGGCCAAAAUUUGCUAAACUUGGCUGUCUGCUGGUUUGGGUUUUUGGUUUGCUUUUGAGUAUCCCCAUGCUAAUAUACCGAAAGUUAGUUGAUUACGGUAAUAAUACAUUAUGCGCUUUUGAACUUCCAACCUGCACUGCAUAUCUGCUCCAUGAGGGGAUUAUAUCUCUGUUCAUCUUCAUCAUUCCCAUUUUCAUUAUUUCCUUCUGCACCUACAAGAUAAUCCGAGGUCUGAAUGCACGCUUAAACUCCCAGAAAACAGAGCAGAAGGCGACCACACUGGUGCUCGCAGUCCUCAUCGCGUUCCUGAUCUGCUGGUUGCCAUUCCACCUGGUUAGGACCGUAGAAUUUGUUGAAGUCUUAAAACAGUUAGAUGUCCAAACAGCUGUAGGCACCUACAGGAUGAUCUUUCUCUACUUAGGCUUCUUCAACAGUGUUCUCAACCCUGUCCUGUACGUCAUCGUAGGAAAGAACUUCCGUGAAAAAGCCAAGGAGCUGUUCGGUCAAUGGAGCCCUGUGACUUUAAGCGUCGACUAUACAAGCUCAGAAGUGUUGAGAAGUAUGAACACUCAGGAUGUCUCAAAUUCAUCCACAUGAUUGCAAUGUGUUCAAGAAGCUAUGGCUUCAUUUUUAAAGAACAAGGAGGCAAAAAAGAAGAAGAAAGCUAAGAAGCGGAAGAAGGCCUUUUAUAUGCACAUCUCAUAGUUGCAGGGCAUUUCAAAAACAGAAGCAAGACAAGAAGGCAAACCUGCACACUUGCGUAUUGACACAAAAAAGUGAAUGCGCAUAAAAUGAGUGCAUACGCAAAAUCAGUUAGUGAAUCAGAAUCAUUCUAAAUCCACAGGCGUGCCCGCAACCUGCAAUCAGCAUACUACCACGCCCCCAUCUCUCCAUAUAGGGACGUCCGAUUGGUGUAUCAGGAUGAGUGCGAUGAGAUGGAGACACUUAAUUUUUUAGGAGAUGGCCCCAAAAGGAGAAAAACAUCGGUGUGUCUGUGGGCUUAAGCUGGCCACACACUAGCCGAUUUUAACAUAUAUACAUAUUUGUGCGUACGCGCUGUUAGUGAAUGAGGCCCAAUGUUUUGACCCACUAGUCUUCCUCGUGUGAUCUCCUCGCCAUUGAGUUGAACUUUUGUGAUUACAAAAAUCAUUUUUUUGUGGUAUAUUGGAUUAUAUGCAUAUUACUAUUAAGUUGCCGGAGUACCAUAUUUCCUGAAAUAAUAGACUGUAGACAAAUGGAAGCUCGUCUUGAAAAAUGGCAUGCAUGCUAUUAACUGUUAGCCGCUAAUCAGGAAUAGUGGCUAACACUUAAUGACAUGCAAAUACAAGUCAAGGAAAAAACGCUUCAUAAACUAAAGCAUUUUUUCCAUAAUAUGAGCACUACCAAUAGUGCUCAUAUUAUGUGCAUGCCAACUAUCUUAAUGUAUAUUACCAUUGCUGUAAUUUAAAGUAAAUUAUAGAAUGUAAUCAUGUUUGUUUUUUUUGCCAUUACAUUGCAUGAAUUGUGCUACACUGUAUUUUGUAGUAAGGUGUCCGUGGCUGCUGUGUAAGAAUUGUGCAACUCCCUGAUUUUCUCAGCAUGUUGCUGUUUUCACACGAAAAAUCUUGUUGAAAAUAAGGGUGAAAAACAGAAGCGAUCUAGUUUUGAAAGAGAUCCAGAUCUUAUUGAGUUAUUACAAACAGUCUCAUGCAGUUAUAAUUGACGACAGCAAAUGUUGCAGAUUUUGCCUUGUACUUCAUGUUAAAAAUAUAUUGAAGAACAAGAGUAAACUACAAAUAGAGGCCUGCACAAGCUAAGCAACGUUUGGUUUGGUUUGUUAUUCCUUUUUAGAUGUUUACUGCUCCUGGAUUGCAUAUUAUUCUAACAGCAUAAAGACUAUAACACUUGUGAAUUCUGCUAUGUCACACUGUUUUCCUUAGAGUCUAAUCUUCACUCUGUGAUGGACAAGAGUUGAGGUUUUAAUGUAUCUGAUAAUGUCUUAAACAUGACCAGAAUCAAUCAAGGGUCUAAUGGGAGAUUAGAUUUGACUCUUUGCAACAAUCCUCUUUCCUGUUUACAUUUUUUUUUUUUUUGUCUUUGGGAAUACUUUCUCUGGUGAAAGACUCUUAUUGCCGGAUCUGCUUCUUGGGUUCCAUCAUAAUAAGCUUUUCAAACGUAACACAAUAAUGCCACUGCUACAUAAUUAAACAGCACCAAUAGAUGUUUUUUUUUGCAGAAGUUAAUGGAACUAAUGGAGGAAAGAUUAGGAAAGAAGCUUAAUGUUUGUGGUUAACCCCUUGGUAUGACUCUUUCAUGGUAAGAUGUUCCUGAGUGUAUCUGUGCCUGUGUGGAACUGUGUUUUUUUUCUCUGCUCUUUCACAUUGUACUACAACGGCUGUCUUGUGAUAUUAAAUUUUUAAAAACCAAAA